AUGCAGCGGGUGGGCGCAGCCGGGGGGCCCGGGCCCAUCGGCUUUCAGGGCCCUCCGAGAUCGCUGAAAAUUUCACCGGUCAACAUACAGGACGAGCCUGCCGAUCCCAUGCAGAAAGGCAGGAGCUCGCUCUGCGUUGGCUGCGGCGGUCGAAUUCACGACCAGUGGAUCUUGAGGGUAGCGCCUAAUCUGGAAUGGCACGCGGCGUGUUUGAAAUGUGCCGAGUGUCAACAGUUCCUGGACGAGAAAUGCACCUGUUUCGUGCGGGACGGCAAAACUUACUGCAAGCGCGAUUACGUUAGGUUGUUCGGUACGAAGUGCGACAAGUGUAGCCAGUGUUUUAGCAAAAAUGACUAUGUGAUGAGAGCGAAAACUAAAAUCUAUCACGUGGAGUGUUUUCGUUGUUCCGCCUGCAUGAGGCGGCUCGAGACCGGCGAUGAGUUCGCUCUGAGGCAGGACGGCCUUUUUUGCCGGCACGAUCACGAUGUCCUCGAGGGCGGAAAGCACUGCACCGGAACCGCUGGUAUACCCGGAAGCGAGAAUAACAAUAACGCCUCCCUGACGAACAACAAUCACCAUCUGCACCCGAACGACGGCUCGAUGUCAGAUUCCGGAUCUGAGAGCGGAUCGCACAAGGCGGGCGUCGGCGGCGUUCGUGGUUCCGGUGGCCACAAAAGUGGCGGCGGUUCCGACGGCAAGCCGACGAGGGUGCGCACGGUUCUCAACGAGAAGCAGUUGCACACCCUGAGAACCUGCUACGCGGCGAACCCUCGGCCGGACGCCCUGAUGAAGGAGCAGCUCGUCGAAAUGACGGGGCUGAGUCCGCGCGUGAUCAGGGUGUGGUUCCAGAACAAGAGGUGCAAAGACAAGAAGAAGACGAUAGCUAUGAAGCAGCAAAUGCAGGAGAAGGACGGGCGUAAAUUGGGCUUCGGCGGUAUGCAUGGCAUACCGAUGGUUGCCAGCAGCCCCGUGAGACACGAGAGUCCUAUCGGUAUGACGCCUCUGGAAGUUCAGGCUUAUCACCCGCCGUGGAAGGCGCUUUCGGAUUUCGCGCUUCAUACGGACUUGGACCGACUGGAUCCUAACGCGCCGUCGUUCCACCAUUUAGUGUCUCAGAUGCACGGCUAUGAUCUGCACGGGGGACCACCGGCGCAAUUGGCACCCCCGUCGGGGAUGCUCGGCGGACCGAUGAGCGACGGCGGGGGCGGACCGCUGCCGCCCCCGGGGCCCCAUCAUCCGGGCGGUGGCGGGCCGGACAUGGGCCAGCAUCCCGACAGCACCGACAGCUACGUGACCUACGUCGAGAGUGACAGUGACUCGUUUCACCACGAUACGGGAAGUCCAUAGUGUCGUGCGAGGCACGAACUGAAAAAACCCACCAUGACCCCGUCGUCCUUCGCUUUCGUAGCGACCCUCGUCGUGGUGCUCGCCAUAACGGCGAGAUGCCUGCAACGGCGGAUAUGAAGUGUGGCCGAACGGAACCGGGGAACACGCGGACCGUGGAUACAGGAGGAACGACUCUCAGAUACCAAAGGACUCCAUCGAUCUUUCGACGAUAAUCAAAAACCGCUCUACUACCAAAAGUGGCUAGGAAAACGACAAUGACGAAAUACAAAUACGUUGGAAACGACGCGGGCGGCGAAGGAAGAAGAGGGGGGGGGGGAACAAUGUCGCUGUCUUGGACGUACAUAAAUAAUGUAUUUUCGCUUCAGUUUUGAUUUCGUUGAAAUGUGUCACCGUGAGACGUUUUGCGAGAAACAACUGUCUAAUCAUUGAGCGUACAAAAAGUUUCGAGAACCUUGAAACAAGUUUGAAGAGUCUUGAACAGUCCUGUAUAUUGUCAGCUUAUUGAUAUAUAAAAUCGAUUCUGGCCAGACCGAGCGUUAUGUUAUUUCGAUUCCCAUCAUUUUGGCUUCUGAUAAAACAUGACGUUUCCGCGUUUGCCUCUAUCGUUUUUCUUUUCUUGCGUAUUUUCACUGUAUUACCGGACAACAAUGGAAAUUUGCUGCCUAUGUAAAAUGUCAUAAUAUCAAUUACGCUGGAGACUUGUAAACGGCUUGUACGCGUGUGUCGUUAACUGCCUGUAUAUAUAAAAGAAGGGGGACGCGAUUCGAUAUCCAGUAAAUCCAGUACUGGAGAUACACUGUACAUAGUUGCUACUCGCUGUAAAUCUAAGCAAAUGUUAAAUCAUGAUGUACUCAGGCGCAAGUUGUAGCGUAGAAUAUGAAUAAUGGAAUAUAUAUAUAUACAGAUAUAUGUAGGCACGCUAAAUUUACAUUGAUAAUUACAUUAUUCCAGUUAUGUUAAGUUUCGUAAACGGCAGAGAUAUGCUCGCAAAAAAGGAUUACAAAUGCCACAUAAUGUUUCCAUUUAACCAUCCGCGGCGAGAAAGUUGCCGUUAUCGUCGUUGAUAUUUCUGCGUUAUCUCAAAGUUUGUACGGAAAGAUGACUUUGUAUUUGUACGACACACGCCUUGAUUUGUUAAGAGAUGGAUUACGCUUAGUUACCGAAGAAGCACAAGGGAGCGGUGUGCUCCUUCGUUUAUAUCGAAUAUAAGAAAAUUACAUUUCAAUGAAUCGUGCAAUCGAUAUCGCUUAGCAAGAAGCGAGCCGAAAGAGAAUUAAGAAAAAAGAGAUUAAUAGGAAUUAAUCAUAUAUAAUAUAU